AUGGCAGAAGUUUGGAAGUCUGCGUUUCUGAUCGUGACGUGGGUCAUUUCAGGUUUUUCGUUGGCUUCUGCUCAGGGUUGUGGCCGACCACCUGUUGCCGAGAACAGGAUCGUGGGAGGGUCAGACGCCACAGAGGGGAAGUGGCCCUGGCAGGUGGACAUACAGACAUCAGCGAACGGUCACAUCUGUGGAGGCUCUUUGAUUACUGCAGACUGGGUCCUCUCGGCUGCACACUGUUUCCCAAAUCCGUCAGAUUUGAGCUCCCACACCAUAUAUGCCGGUCGCUACCAGGUCAACAGCUACAACAGUCACGAGUCUUCCCAUGAACUGCGUCGGGUUGUGAUUCCUGAUGGUUACACGGAGCCUCACGGUGGUCUGGAUGUGGCUCUGGUUCAGCUGGCAACCCCGGUCACCUGGUCGGACUAUGUGCACCCCGUGUGCCUCCCCGCCUCCGGGACGCUCUUUCCCAGCGGCAUGCUGUGCUACGUGACAGGCUGGGGCAACAUCCGAGACAAUGUUCCUCUCCAGGGGGCGGGAAAACUGCAGGAAGUGGAGGUGCCAAUCCUGUCUCAGAGUUUUUGUCAGGAAAUGUACAACCUGAACCAAAAGGAGACGAUCGACAUCCUGCACGACAUGAUCUGUGCGGGGUACCAGAAGGGCGGCAAGGACUCCUGCCAGGGUGACUCUGGGGGCCCCCUGGUGUGCCAGAUGGUGAAUGGGACGUGGGUGCAGGCCGGGGUGGUGAGCUUUGGCCUGGGCUGUGCUCAUCAGAACCAGCCGGGCGUUUACGCCAGACUCACCAGCUUCUCCAGCUUCCUGCACCGCACGGUACCAGAGCUGCAGCUGUACGGCAGAGGGGACCAUGUGUGCGCCGGACACACACUGGUGCUCUUCUCCGGCCUCCUCGCUCUCCUCCACAUCCUCAACAGAUAA